AUGGUACCUCAGCUUAGGACUCACAUCACUAACUUGGUCGAAGUCGCUUCCAAGCACCCAGACCGCUCAGCAUUGAAAGUGCCCCUAUUGUCUGACAAGGGAACUUUCACAGGGUAUGAGACUCUUAGUUUCGCUCAGUUCUUGGGUGAUGUUGAGAACUCUGCUCGAUACUGGACUCGGGAGCUCUCUAAAAAAGGACUGAAGCAGGGUGAUGUUGUUGGGCUUUGGCUGAAGGGUCUUUCAUACCUCGACGGCCUUGUCAUUUGGGGGAUUUCCAGAACCGGGUUCACCCCCCAGAUAUUUUCAGUCAAACUGACCAGUGGCGAGGUCAUAGCUACCCUCCUUGGCGGUGCAGAUGCCAAAGCUUUCCUGGUAGAACCAAGCUGGGUAGAUAAAGCGAAGGUGAAUGUUCCAAUGAUCCCCAUCGUGGACACACGGUUCAUGGAUCUUGACCAUUUGCCACUCGCUCCCGUCUGGGUUCCAUCCAGUGAUAAAGAUAUUGUCACAAUUUACCACUCAUCGGGCUCAACUUCAGGAAUGCCGAAAUCGAUUCCUGUGACAGUUGGAUGGCUGGAAUUUUGUAUAAUCAAGAUGCAAGAACUUCUUCCACAGAAAGAGGAGACUGUCAUCGCGGCGAACGGAACCUUCGCCCACCCUGCUAUCUUCAUGGUCACGACCGGUGUUCAUGCCAGCGCAGGGUCAAUUAUCCUACCGAAGGAAAUGCCCUGCAGCUCGAGUGAAAUCAAAUUAAUGGUCAAGGAAUAUGGGCUGAGAAGCCUGUUCAUGUAUUCCUCGUACCUGGCCGAUAGACUGCGCGACGCCCACAGCGAUCCAGAAUUGCUCAGGGCUUUCCAAAGCCUUGAAGAUAUCAUGUUCGGUGGCCUUCCCCUUGAGCAAGAAGAGGCUUCUUGGGCUCGUGCCAAAGGGUUGAAGAUGAAGGAAGUGUUCGCCAGCACUGAACUCGGAGUUCUGAUGAGCUCUGUGGGAGGCAAUGGGCCGGAUUCAACCCUUCUUCAGCCAAUGAAAGGAACUUCUUACAAACUCUUACCAGUAAACAGCGGGAAUCUGAACAACACCGAAGUUUCCGCCAGUGAACAGUUACUAGAACUCGUCGUUUCUGCUGAAUCCCGAGACUGCCCUGUGCCUGCUCUACGCAACAAAGAAACUGGCAAUUUCCACACUGGUGACCUUUUUGUAGAGGCCAAGCCUGGCCUCUAUGAGUCUAGAGGUCGGAAUGAUGAUUGGAUCAAGAUGUCUUCUGCUCUCCGCUGCGACACGCUAGCGAUUGAACAGAAUAUCAUGGAGAAGUGUGCUUUUGAUCUGAUAGAUCGAGUGGUCGUGGUUGGAAGUGGCCGCCCCUCUCCGGCGGUGCUGGUCGAGCCCAAGGCCGAGCAAGCCGAUCCUCUCUCACUUAGCAAGGAGAUUCUUCGCCGUAUUACGCCUUUCCAUGAGAGAAGAUACAUGCAUGAAAGGAUUGACAAUGCUCGCUACGUCAUCAUUCUGCCCCAUGGUUCCUUGUCCAAAACGGCCAAGGGAAGCGUGCAAAGGAAACUCGUGGAAAAGACUUUCCAAACUCAGCUGGACCAGGUCUACGCUUCAGCUUGA